GCCGACGUGGAGUCCGAGAAAGCGGCUCCUGGACACCUGGCUAGGGGAGAUGUGCUGGGCAAGGAGGAGUUCUGGGGAAAUUCCUUUGUGGAGGACGGAGAAGACUGGGGUGGGAGCGCCUCUGUGUCGGGUGGAGCACAGCCUACAGGAAUUCAGUGUGAGCAUCUCCAGAAGGGCCUUCAUUGUUGCCUCUGCUGUUGUGAUGCAGGAGAUGGGUCACUGGAGAUGCCUGUCUGUUUCUUCCCUGAUCCCUGUGUGCCAGUGAAAGUGUAGGCAAGCAUAUGCUUGAAGCAUGCAACAGUAAUCUAGAAAUGGCUGUCACUAUGUUCCUCGAUGGUGGAGGGAUAGCAGAUGAACCCAGUACUAGUUCGGCAAGUGUAUCAAACCUUCGACCACACACAGAAGAUGAAGUAAGAGCCCCCAUUCCUCAAAAGCAAGAAAUACUGGUAGAACCCGAACCCUUAUUUGGUGCUCCAAAAAGGCGCAGACCUGCUCGUUCAAUAUUUGAUGGUUUUCGAGAUUUCCAGACAGAAACCAUUCGGCAGGAACAGGAAUUGAGGAAUGGAGGAGCAAUAGACAAAAAACUCACCACCCUUGCAGACCUCUUCAGGCCUCCAAUUGAUCUGAUGCAUAAAGGAAGCUUUGAAACAGCCAAGGAGUGUGGUCAGAUACAGAACAAAUGGCUCAUGAUUAACAUACAGAACGUCCAGGAUUUUGCCUGUCAGUGUCUCAAUCGCGAUGUUUGGAGCAAUGAGGCUGUGAAAAAUAUUAUCCGGGAACACUUCAUUUUUUGGCAGGUAUAUCAUGACAGUGAGGAAGGACAAAGAUAUAUACAGUUCUACAAACUAGCAGACUUCCCUUAUGUCUCUAUCCUGGAUCCUAGGACAGGGCAAAAGCUAGUGGAGUGGCGCCAGCUAGAUGUCACUUCCUUUUUGGACCAAGUGACUGGCUUCCUGGGAGAGCACGGGCAACUGGACGGACAUUCUACCAGCCCUCCCCAAAAACGCACUCGUUCUGAGAGCCUUAUUGACGCAAGCGAAGACAGCCAGCUAGAAGCUGCCAUCAGAGCCUCACUGCAGGAGACACAUUUUGAAUCUACCCAAGUCAAGCAGGACAGCAGAUCCGAUGAAGAGUCUGAGUCUGAGCUUUUCUCUGGAAGUGAGGAGUUUAUUUCAGUUUGUGGCUCUGAUGAUGAUGAACCAGACAGUACCGCCAAGUCCAGGAAGUCUCCACACAAGGACCUGGUGUGUAGGAAAGAGGAGGUCAGAAGGCCUCCACCUGAGCCUACAGUAAGGACUGAACCUGAGGUGGUAACAAACCAUCGAGGACUAUCUUACAUAGAUUCAGAAGUGCUAGAGGAAUCUCCGGUGAAGCCAGAAGCUGCGGUGAAGGAGCUGAGCGUGAAUGGACCAAAGGCACAACUCAUGCUAAGGUAUCCAGAUGGAAAGAGGGAACAGAUUUCACUGCCUGAACAAGCUAAGCUUCUGGCUCUCAUCAAACAUGUACAGUCAAAAGGCUACCCCAAUGAACGUUUUGAACUCCUCACCAACUUUCCACGGAGAAAACUUUCCCAUCUGGACUAUGACAUUACAUUACAAGAGGCUGGUCUUUGUCCUCAAGAGACUGUCUUUGUGCAGGAAAGGAAUUAGCUCUUCCAAUCUUCCUGUCAUGUCAUUUUGCCUACAGUACUAUUCCCCAAGUAUGCAGUUGGCUUCGUGAGACUGCAGAGCUGAAAUCAGGCAGUCAUUUGCCGACUUUUCUCCUUCCCUCCUUUGUGUUACUAUUGACUAGUCAGUCAUAUAAAAGCAGCAGGAUAGGUUUACUUGGCUUUGGUGCUGGGGGAAAGUAUGUCUGUUUCAGUGGUUUGUUGCCAUUUCCGAAUAGUAAGGGCUGUCUAUAUAUCUAGCAUGCUGGGGACACGGAGCAGCCAGAGCGUUUCUCUCUCCACUCAGAAAAACAAAAUCUGUUUUUUAAUAUCUUUAAAUUUUCAAGAAGUCAAGUGACCAGCCAUUAAGGGCUUCUUUACACCUCCAUCUAAGCAUGUAGUGGCUGCACAAAAACAGUGCGGGAUGUCGUUUUCAGCAUGGCAAGCAUGGCUUUUUCCUGAGAUGCCAUUCUGUGCUGAAAGCUGAGUCCUGCAGGUAAUUAGUGGAUGCAGCCUAUUUGUUUUCCAUGUGUUGGGAGCCACUACACACAGGCUUUUCAAGGAACAAACAUGUGUCCAGAUGGUUGUUAAAGAGGCCCCAAGUCUUGCCCACAUGUGAAGAAAAUGUGCAGAGGUGCAGAUCUGUAGCACUUUGAGUCACAGCAAGCACAGUUCCAGGAAGGACAUAGAAUCACCAACAUUUGAACAACAUUUGUAUGGAUUGAUUGUAUCAUGUAUUCACCUCAUUUUUUAUGGAUGGAAUUACUUGCUCUAAAGGAAGGUAAUAUAGUCGGUAGAUCUAGUACUACCUAACCUUCAUCAUCUAACCCUUCCAGCUCAUCUAGAGGCGUUAAAAUUAUGGAAAUUAGGGAUGGCUUCUCAUUUUCUACCUAGAAUUUAUCAACAAUGGAAUAUUGCAAGAUACUGACUCUGAAUGUAAAUCAUUAAACCUGUUCUGUCAUACCUUAAAGCUGUUUUAAUUUACAGUGCUGGACUUGAAUUCAGUCAACGUUGAGUCUUAGUGUAUUUGCACUGGUGCCAGGUUCCUAGAGAAAGCAAUGUAUUAUAUUUUGUUUGGUUAAUUUUAAAAUACUCUAACACAGUGACAUCCUAAAAACAGAAGGUUUUGGACUGUUCACAUCUGUAAUUCUGAACUUCAGCUGCCAAAACAGCUGUUUGUCACAUUGUUUUCUAAUCGGUCAGGAACACAUGAAUCAUCCCAGGCGUGAGGUGGGUCACUUGAGUUUGGCAAUUCUUAGCCCCAAAACACUGCAAGCCACAGUAUGGUCAUAUUCUCACCAUACAUUUUUCCAUCUGUCUGAGCAGUGUUUGUAUUUUAUUGUAGAAUGGAAGUAUUUAACUUAACCCUUUCCUUUUCUUCCUUCCAGUAUGCCAGUAACAAAUGUAAGGUGUCUUUUACAGCUGAGAGGUUUCUUUGUGUGACCUUCAAUUAUGGUGAUGAAUGGACUUAUUUUUUUAAAAAAAAAAUCAGAGCUGAGUUUAUAUUAAACUACACAACUGGCAAUAUGUGGAGUCCAGAUCAGCUUGCUGAUCAAAUUAAUAUGUUGUAAGGAAUCCAGCUUUAGAAAUCUGUAUCAAGACCCAGAGGCUUCAGUUCUUGAAAACUGAUGCCAUAAAACAUUUUGAAUUGUGUAUCUGAACAAACUAAAUUAUAAAUGUCUAAUCUUGAUUAAAGCUAAACUAGACUUCUACAGUCAAGGAGCUAACUUUUUAGUUACCAAUAUAUUCAUCCACAUCUCUCUCUGUUGCUGCCACCUCCAUCCUUUUCCUCAAGCUGCCUCCUAUUCUUUAGUUGGAUUCUCAUUUCUUUAUCUACUGUUUCCCUUUGAACUCUCUGCCCCAUCUUUUUUAUCUUUAGGCAUCUUUAUCUAGUCUCCUGCCUCCCCAUAAAUCUACUUCUGUCUUAUAGCAUCUGUGCGAGGUUUUGACCCAACAGGUAACUUUUUCUCCCCAUUUUGACACCUUUGUUCCCUGUCCUUCAGCACUUGUAAUUUUUGUAAACAUUCCAUGCUAUCAUAUCAGCUUAGCAAAUUGGUGUCAAAGGCUUUACUGCCACAGCACGAAUGAGUAUAUAUGGUAUCUUCUGUUACCACUAUAUUAAUAUGAGGGUAAUUCAGUAUAAUUACUUGAUGCCAUUUGUCCUUGAGGUAGUGAAAACCUUAUCCGUAUAAACUAACAAUCUCAAAUGCCUUCAGUCUUGACAACCCGUUGUUGCAUAGGUCUUGCUAGCAGAUUUCCAACUGCUUCAUGCUAGCUUGAGAGGUCUAGAAGAUUUAAUGUUGAAGUGGAGAUGCUGAUGCUGCUCUUAGUAAUGCUAACCAGACUACGACAUUCAGCUGUGAAGAGAGAAUUUGUUAGUUCAUUCAAAGCUUGUCUGUUUACCCCAGUAAAAUAACUCACACUGUCAGAAUUUUUGUGUUCUGAAUGGUCUCUUAAAGCAGUUUUGAGUAGAUGCUUUUGAAUAGGUCCAUUAAAUAUCCUUUACAUUAUUUACAGUUCAAGGUAGCUGUUUCAUUGUGUAUGUGUGUGUACACAGUUCACACAAGAUCUUCAAAGGUACUUAAGUGAGUAGCAUAACUAGAACGAUUAUUUCUUCCAGAUGGAUUAUGAUGCCCAGUAGAAAGGCAGGCCUGAGAAAGCUCUGCGAUGCUUAAUCUACACAACAGACUGUGUAAAGAUCAGGAUUUAAUUUUUUAAUUAUUUUUGUUUGGCUGGUGCAGGGAGCAAUAAAUGGUCAAACCCUGAAAGUGUCUUCUGGAGAAAUGCUGUACAUUCAUGCCUUGUUGGGAUUGUCCUCAGCAGCUUAAAGACUUAAAAUGAUCCCUUCUGUGUUAACUAGAAUAGUUUUCUCUGUGCCAUUGUUUCUGAAGUGGCAGUCUUAACUAAGUUUUCAUGUAGAUCAUGUGGGAAUGUUUGAAUUUGUUUGGAUUUGUUUUGCUAUUUUUGAAGCUUAUGGCUGGAACUAUGAGCACUCCAAGUCUUUCCUUGUUCCUGCAACUGAUCAGUGUGGCCUCACAAGACAAAUGAUUCCCAAAAGGUGGAUUGGGGCGGGGGGGAGCCUUUGGUACAGCACAGUGUGGCAAAUGGUGAAGAACUGUGACACUUCUUCUAGCAAAAGAAACGCCCCACAAGGUUCAAAGCUGCAGAGGUGACAAGCCAGCCUCUCACACUGGAGGAGACAAGAUGUUAUCUAACUGGGAAUAUAUAAUUUGGAUGUAAUCAAAAAUAUGGUACCCUUUAGGAUAUUAAGUUAACUUUAAAGUUGGAUUGCCUUCUUAAAUGGAUAAUGUUUUAUAGCUGUACAAACCUGUGACUUGCUACAUUUUUAGUAGAAGUUAUUUCCUUUUUAAUUAUAAGAAUUGUAAGGUAGGUGGGGGAAGAGUGGAUUUCAGCUUGCUGUGAUGGGAAGGACCAAGUUCAAGGCAACCUCUAUACAUACCAAGUACUGCAUUUUUUAUAAAUAUGUGUAAAUGUCCUUCCUAUUGUAAUAUUUUGAGCCUGAAAAUAAAGCAGACCUUUUCACUAA